AUGUCUCUCCCUUGCUGCGCCCACGGUGCUCCCAGGCAGCACACCCAGCAGCGCAUGCACCCAGGGGUGCAGGCACGCAGGGGAGAGGGCCAUGAGGAGCGAUGGGACGCAGCACAACACACCCAAACCUCCUCACCUUCCACUCCAGCAUCAGCUCUCGGUGUCUCUCCCUUGCCGCACCCACGGUGCUCCCAGGCAGCACACCCAGCAGUGCAUGCACCCAGGGGUGCAGGCACGCAGGGGAGAGGGCCAGGAGGAGAGAAGGGAGGGCCCCUAGCUUCGCUCCUGCCUGCUCGUUCGCCCCGUAUGCCCGUGCCAGGGAGGCAGUGUGCGGUGCAGCAGUGUGUGCGGCAGGAGCAGCAUAUGGAGAAUGGAACGGUGCAUGCCUUGAAGGAAGGAGUGGAGAUGGGUGGAGCGGUGGAACAUGGGAGUGAGAGCACUCCUCAAACCAGCCCAGUGGUUACCCCUAAAAACAGGGAGAGGGAAGUGAUGGGUAGAGAAGUGGAGGGUAGGGAAGUGAAGGAGAAGGGAUGGCGAUGGUGCAAGCAAGGGGAUGAGGGACGGAAGGGACACGCACCGAGCAAACAGCAGCCCCCGGCCAGGGGUGCGGCUGGCAGUGGGGGGUAUGGGGCCAUGGUGAGAGGCAGUGGCGAUUCAGUUUGGAGUGAACCCACAUCAGUUGUGCAAGGGGAUGGGGAAUGUGAGGGACACGCACCGAGCAAACAGCAGCCCCCGGCCAGUGGUGGGGCUCGCAGUGGGGGGUAUGGGGCCAUGGUGAGAGGCAGCGGCGAUUCAGUUUGGAGUGAACCCGCAGCAGUUGGGGAUGGGGAUGGGGAAUGUGAGGGACACGCACCGAGCAAACAGCAGGCCCCCGCCAGUGGUGGGGCUCGCAGUGGGGGGUAUGUGGCCAUGGUGAGAGGCAGUGGCGAUUCACUUUGGAGUGAACCCACAGCAGUUGGGGAUGGGGAUGGGGAAUGUGAGGGACACGCACCGAGCAAACAGCAGCCCCCGGCCAGUGGUGGGGCUCGCAGUGGGGGGUAUGGGGCCUUGGUGAGAGGCAGUGGCGAUUCAGUUUGGAGUGAACCCACAUCAGUUGUGCAAGGGGAUGGGGAAUGUGAGGGACACGCACCGAGCAAACAGCAGCCCCCGGCCAGUGGUGGGGCUCGCAGUGGGGGGUAUGGGGCCAUGGUGAGAGGCAGCGGCGAUUCAGUUUGGAGUGAACCCGCAGCAGUUGGGGAUGGGGAUGGGGAAUGUGAGGGACACGCACCGAGCAAACAGCAGGCCCCCGCCAGUGGUGGGGCUCGCAGUGGGGGGUAUGUGGCCAUGGUGAGAGGCAGUGGCGAUUCACUUUGGAGUGAACCCACAGCAGUUGGGGAUGGGGAUGGGGAAUGUGAGGGACACGCACCGAGCAAACAGCAGCCCCCGGCCAGUGGUGGGGCUGGCAGUGGGAGGUAUGGGGCGGUCAUGGAAUGUCUUGAAGUGACGGAGCAGAACCUCUUUCACUAG